GACUCAGAAGAUGGAGAAGGAACAGGCUGAAACGAGAGUGAAGGAACAGAUACAUGCACAGUUGCUGCAAGAGAAAGAGAAGAGUCAUGAGAAGGAGAUGAAAGAUCUGACUGAGAAGAUGGAGAAGGAACUGAGAGAGAAGCAACAGAAAUGUGAACAGACACUGCAAGAGAGAGAGAGGAGUCAUGAGAAGGAGGUAAAAGAUCUGACUGAGAAGAUAGAGAAGGAACAGGCCCAGAACAGAGAAAUGCAAGAGAGGAAUCAACAGUUGGUUCAAGAGAAUGACAAUAACAAUGAGGAGUUCAUUCAACAGUUUAUUGAUAUAUUGAAUAAGAAAAGUUUUAAGAAGUUGGAGGAGGAAGUGAAAGAGAAAUAUGAAGAACUAUUGGAGAUAUGUAAAAGACUGCAAAAUGAAAGGCAAAACACAGGCGCAUGUGUUAUAAGCUGAAGGCCUAAAGAGUGAUAUCAUUCUGCCAUUCAAAGCAGAGCUGAAUUGGGAAUAGGAGUCACUUCAGUUGAAAUAAUAAACU